AGCCGAGAUAGGAAAGCCCCAUCGGGCAGACAUUAUCCUGUGUAAAUAAGUGCAUACAAGCUGCAUUGGCUGAAUAUUAACAAGAUGGCCAAGUCCAACCUGGAUCUGAUUCGCGAAUGCGAUAACUUUCCCUAUUACGAGGAUAACCGUGUCGCUUACACGGAGAAUCUCAAAAAAUACUAUGCGUUCCACGUGUCUGGCUACGAUGUCACGCUGGGGUAUAUCCUGAACACAGUUGUGGAGAAAUUCCCCUGGCCAAAGGCGAUCUGGGAAGUCGACUCUGCGGCCCAGACAGUCACCCUGCUCACGUCGGCAGACGCCGAUCCCGCACAUCGGAGUGAGCUGGUUGCCCAGAGCAUCGCCGAAGCUGUCAAAGCGGACUGCUUCGAGGUUCUCCGAGGAUGGCGUAAUGAGAAGUAUCCCGUCUAUGGCCCUGGUGGUGAAUACCUGCUGGAGAUGGAGCGCAGUGCGACACCGCUGUUCGGUAUCGUCUCCUACGGCGCCCACAUGACCGGAUACGUUGAGGAUGCGACGGGCUUAAAGUUCUGGAUUCCCCGCCGUGCAAAGAACAAGCAGACCUACCCCAGUAUGCUGGACAACACCGUUGCCGGAGGAAUGUGCACUGGCGAGAAGCCAUUCGAAUGCAUCGUCCGCGAGGCCAUGGAGGAAGCCUCCCUUCCCGAGUCAGUCGUUCGCGCUUCCAUCGUCCCAGUGGGCUGUGUCACAUAUACUCAUGUAAGGGACCCUCGUGCUGGCGGAGAGAUUGGCCUCUUGCAACCAGAGGUGGAAUAUGUUUAUGACCUGAAGCUCGAUGCUUCGGUUAUUCCCAAACCCUGCGAUAACGAGGUCGAAGAAUUCAACCUGCUCUCGGUCGAUGAGGUCAAAGAGGCAAUGGCUCGCGGUGAGUUCAAGCCAAACUGCGCGAUCGUCAUUCUUGACUUCUUCAUUCGCCAUGGUAUCUUGACCGCCGAGAAUGAGCCGGAUUAUCUGGAUAUUAUGGCGAGCUUACAUCGUCGUAUGGAACACCCAACCGCUUCGCAUUGCAUGAAAUAGAGCCUGCAUAUAAGUCCGGUCUUGUUAUCGACCAUUAUUUCGUGCGCCUUGAAUAUUGCAUGAUGAUUUUUUAUGUACAGUCUCUGUACAAGCUGGGCCCAGCGUUCAAGAUUUCUCUGUCAAAUACAUAUUACUAAGAAGCAUAUAAAUCAUGUCUUUCAGAGUUGGUAGAGUCUGAGGGAUCUACAGAAUCGACUACUCUAUAC